AGCGCCUUCCGCUAUGGAAGGGUCCCGCAGUGGAUUAUCCAAAAUGCCACUGUCAUUCAGUGACCACAAUCCCUUCAGGCCUCCCGCCUCGCUCUCCGGAGACCGAGGGGCCUGCAGAAGUCGCCGUCCAAAUAAAACCACAUUCCUGCCGCAGCACGAGUGGAUGCAGGGUCGCAAGCAAGGUAGUGGCUCCAAUCCUUUCCAGCAUCUGGAGAAGAGUGCUGUCUUACAGGAGGCUCGUAUAUUCAAUGAAACUCCUAUCAAUCCAAGAAGAUGCUUGCAUAUUCUUACAAAGAUUCUUUACUUACUGAACCAGGGUGAAUACUUUGGAACUACAGAAGCUACAGAAGCCUUCUUUGCAAUGACUCGAUUGUUUCAAUCUAAUGAUCAAACACUGAGGAGAAUGUGCUACCUUACCAUCAAAGAAAUGGCUACCAUCUCUGAGGAUGUGAUAAUUGUCACAAGCAGUCUGACAAAGGACAUGACUGGAAAGGAAGAUGUGUACCGAGGCCCGGCCAUCAGGGCUCUCUGCAGAAUAACUGAUGGAACAAUGUUUCAAGCCAUUGAAAGAUACAUGAAGCAAGCCAUUGUGGAUAAAGUCGCCAGUGUAUCCAGUUCAGCACUGGUAUCUUCCUUACACAUGAUGAAGAUAAGCUAUGAUGUGGUUAAGCGCUGGAUUAAUGAAGCCCAAGAAGCUGCAUCAAGUGAUAAUGUUAUGGUUCAGUAUCAUGCAUUGGGGGUCCUGUAUCACCUUAGAAAGAAUGAUCGUCUUGCUGUUUCCAAGAUGUUGAAUAAGUUUAGUAAAUCUGGUCUCAAAUCACAGUUUGCUUACUGCAUGCUAAUCCGAAUUGCUAGUCGCUUACUAAAAGAAACUGAAGAUGGCCAUGGAAGUCCAUUCUUUGAUUUCAUUGAGAGCUGCUUGAGAAAUAAACAUGAAAUGGUUAUUUAUGAAGCUGCUUCAGCUAUUAUCCAUCUUCCUAACUGUACUGCAAGAGAGUUGGCACCUGCUGUUUCAGUUCUUCAACUUUUCUGUAGCUCUCCUAAGCCAGCCUUGAGAUAUGCAGCUGUGAGGACCUUGAACAAGGUGGCAAUGAAGCACCCCUCUGCUGUUACUGCGUGCAAUCUGGAUUUAGAAAACUUGAUCACAGACUCAAACAGAAGCAUUGCCACCCUAGCCAUUACUACACUCCUCAAAACAGGAAGUGAGAGCAGUGUGGAUAGGCUCAUGAAGCAGAUAUCUUCUUUUGUGUCUGAAAUCUCAGAUGAGUUCAAGGUGGUGGUUGUACAGGCAAUUAGUGCUCUCUGUCAGAAAUAUCCUCGAAAGCAUAGCGUCAUGAUGACUUUCCUCUCUAACAUGCUCCGAGAUGAUGGUGGCUUUGAAUAUAAGCGGGCCAUUGUGGACUGUAUAAUCACCAUUGUGGAAGAGAACUCUGAGAGUAAAGAAGCAGGUCUAGCCCACCUUUGUGAAUUCAUUGAGGACUGUGAACACACUGUUCUGGCUACUAAGAUUCUACACUUGUUGGGCAAAGAGGGCCCCAGAACGCCUGUCCCCUCCAAGUAUAUCCGCUUUAUUUUUAAUAGGGUUGUCCUGGAGAAUGAGGCUAUCAGAGCAGCUGCUGUGAGUGCUUUGGCUAAAUUUGGGGCUCAGAACGAGAGUCUUCUCCCAAGCAUCCUUGUACUUUUACAAAGGUGUAUGAUGGAUACUGAUGAUGAGGUUCGGGACAGAGCUACCUUCUAUCUGAAUGUGCUGCAGCAGAGGCAGAUGGCACUGAAUGCUACAUAUAUCUUCAAUGGUCUGAUGGUCUCUGUACCAGGAAUGGAAAAAGCCUUAUACCAGUACACACUGGAGCCUUCAGAAAAACCCUUUGAUAUGAAAUCGAUUCCUCUUGCAAUGGCUCCUGUCUUUGAACAGAAAUCAGAAAUCACACUUGUGGCUACUAAGCCAGAGAAGUUGGCUCCUUCCAGGCAAGACAUUUUCCAAGAACAAUUGGCUGCCAUUCCUGAGUUUAUGACUCUAGGACCCUUGUUCAAAUCUUCUGAGCCUGUUCAACUUACAGAAGCAGAGACAGAAUAUUUUGUUCGCUGUAUCAAGCAUAUGUUUACCAAUCACAUUGUGUUCCAGUUUGACUGUACCAAUACUCUAAAUGACCAGCUACUGGAGAAAGUGACAGUGCAGAUGGAGCCAUCAGAUUCCUUUGAAGUGCUGCGUUGUAUCCCAGCCCCCAGCCUCCCUUAUAAUCAACCAGGAAUAUGUUAUACUCUUGUUCGUUUGCCUGAUGAUGGCCCUACAGCAGGUACUGACCCAUAGAAGGGAGGAGAUACUUACAUGAUUAAGAAUGCAUUACCUCCUGAGCCUUCAAAUGUCUAUACAAAUGUUCAGCAUUCAAGAAUAUGGUUCUUUUCUAGAAUUUAAUGUAAUGAUAAUGGGGGGUAUAUUUUAAAAAUUGGUUUCACAAUUGUUUACUGCUACAAAAAUAUUAAUUUCAAAACAAGGCCUCUGAGUAAAAUUUGCUAAAUAUUCAGUCUUAAAGGAGAGAUUGAAUGUAUACCGUGGUAGACUGAAAAGGAACUGAGGCUUUUUGUUGGAACAGUAUAACCACUAGUGAAGGCUCAUAUAUGUAAUGUCUCCUAUGAAGAAAUUUUAAAAUACAGUGUUUAAAAAUACAUCAUGUAGCAUAAGGCUGGUGUCUGAGAGUAUUAUCUCUCAGCCUGAGUGGCUUAGCCAACCAUGUGUGUCCACAUUUGAGAAAGGCUUUGUAAUUCUCUAUUUGACCCAUAAAUAGUCUUUGAUGAGGGGAAACAGCCCCUAAGAGAACCAACUGCUUAUGUCAAUAGUAGUAUUUACAGAUUUGAGGAUUUAGGAAGAUCUUGUGACCUAUUGUUUGUGAAUGUCAAGUAUUUAUUGUACUUGAUUUCUUGUCCCCAUUUUCCUGAGUUCUUCUCUUCCCAUAUUUACUGUAGAAAACCCCGUUUCCAUAGAAAUAAGCACAGACAUCACAUUUAUGUUUUGCACAACUUUUAUUACUAUAAGUACAGGAAAACAGGUUUACAAAUUGACAAAUAUUGGGGAAGUUACAGAAGUACAAGAAAUCAUGAAAGUAUGAGUAA